AUGGCUCCUUCAGCAACCACGGAUGGCCCCACCCAGGGAUACCAGCCUAAGCACAUCGAGGAGCGCCUCUUCAUCAAUGGUGAAUUCGUUCCUUCCAAGUCCGGGAAGAAGUUCGAUAUCAUCAACCCGAACAAUGAGAAGUUUGCGGCAUCUGUCUAUGAAGCUGGUGCCGAGGAUGUUGACGAGGCGGUCAAGGCGGCCCAAGCUGCUUUCCCUGCCUGGUCUGGUCUUUCUGCCGCUGAGAGACAGGGCUAUAUUGAAAAACUGGCCGACGCCAUCGAGAAGAACCUGGAGGAAAUCGGAUACCUAGAAGCCAUUAGCAUGGGCAAGCCCUACAUCGGUGACUUUUUCGGUCAAGUCGCCGUUCAAAUUCUGAGAUACUUCGGCAGCAGAGCCCUCGACGUCCAAGGCGACUCAUCCCUGAACACCAAGGACAUGGUGAACAUCACUUUCCGCCAACCCUUUGGUGUCUGUGGCGCCAUCAUUCCUUGGAACGUUCCCCUCCUCAUGUUCGUCAACAAAGUCGGCCCUGCUCUGGCUACCGGUAACACUUUGGUUCUUAAGUCUUCUGAGAAAUCACCCCUUUCUUCUCUCGUCAUCGGGAGACUCUGCCAGGAGAUUGGCCUGCCUAAGGGUGUUUUGAACAUUCUCAGCGGGUUCGGGAGACCUUGUGGUGAAGCCAUUGCCAAGCACAUGGACAUCCGAAAGGUCUCCUUCACCGGUUCAGUGAUUGCUGGACGAGCCGUCAAGAAGGCUGCCGCCGAAUCCAACCUCAAGAACGUCACCCUGGAACUGGGAGGAAAGAGCCCAUUGAUCGUCUUCGACGAUGCUGACCUGGCAAAGGCUGUUCCCGCCUCUGCUUUCUCCAUCCUCGCCAACUCUGGCCAGGCUUGCAUCGCCAGCUCAAGAGUGUACGUGCACGCUAAUAUCGCCGAUAAAUUUAUGGAAGCCAUGAAAACCGCCAUGGUCCAGAUGGGCGUGUCUGGAGAUGCCACGGUCGCUGGUACCCGGCGAGGGCCUCAGGCCGACAAGAUUCAAUUCGACCGCGUCAUGAGCUACCUCAACUAUGCGAAGGAGAAGGGCUUCGAUAUGCCCAUUGGAGGUGGCCGUGAAGGCCAAACUGGCUAUUUUAUCGAGCCCACCAUCAUCGCCAACGCCCCUGAGGACUCCAAGGUCAUGAAGGAAGAGAUUUUUGGACCUGUCGUGUGCGUCAACACUUUCACCGACGAGGAGGAGGUGCUGAAGCGCGCCAACGACACCGAAUACGGACUGUACGCAAGUGUAUUCACCAAGGAUAUCUCGCGUGCAUUGCGCGUGGCGAAGGCCCUCGAGGCUGGAUCGGUGGGUGUCAACUGCACGAGCCCGACUAUGGCCAUUGACAUGCCGUUUGGUGGCUUCAAGCAGAGCGGUGAUGGCCGUGAGUUGAGCAAGUAUUCCACUGACUAUUGGACCGAGCUGAAGUCUGUCUUCAUCUCCCUGUAA